AUGUUUCCAGUCAGCUUCUACGCUCCUUGCUGGGCCCCAUUAAAUAAAAAAAAAUAAAGAUAAGAGUGAGGUAAGCGUGGGAUUACGGCAGAUAGGACAGAAGGCACUUUGAGAUAUAGAGAAGAGGCUUCAGACAAGAUAACAGCUGAGUACGAACAUCACCAUCACAGGGACAAGGUGAAGCUGGAGACACCCGGAAAUUACCAUGGCGAAAGAAUUUGACGAAAUCCUGGAGAGUGUUGGGUCCUACGGCUACUACCAGAAGUGGAUGAUAUUAAUUUUCUUCAUGCCAAUAUCAUUCUUUGUUGGAUUUACAAUGAACCUAAUGUUGUUCCAAGUGGUGGUGCCGGAUCACUGGUGUUACGUCCCAGGACGAGAGAACACUACACUCUCCCCCAAGGAGUGGAGGGCCCUCACAUUGCCCAGAGCCAUCGAGUCCGAGAAGUAUUCAAGCUGUUUGAUGUACAAAGGGGAGUGGAGUGAGGACGACGGGGCGAACUACACCGUCACCAACGAGACACAAGAGUGUAUCAGUGGGUGGCAGCACGACCUAUCACAAUUCACCACCACUUUGUCUACUGCAUAUGAGUGGGUGUGUGAGCGGGAGAUAUACUCCCAACACGUCCUCUCCAUCACGAUGGCUGGCAACACUGUGGGCACAUUCCUCUUCCCGCUCCUUGCUGACAAAUAUUUGGGGCGACACUCCGUCUUCUUCUUGACUCUGGCCAUCCACAUCGUCUUCACAUUACCAUAUUGCUGGGUUUCUAACAUUGGCCUUCACCUCACACUCCGCUUCUUCCAAGGACUCAGCUUCGAGAGUAACUACCUAAUGCCUUACACCAUCGUGUUGGAGGUGGUUUCGCCAGACCAUCGUGCACUGGUCAUCAUGCUGUCUUUUAUCUCAUGGACGUUUGGGAUGUGCUUCACCGCAUUGGUGGCUUGGCUCAUCCCUAACUGGCAGUAUCUAGCUCUCAUAUCCUGCCUCCCUUCACUUCUCGGCUUUUUGUACUGGAGGUACUUACCGGAGUCGCCACGGUGGCUGUUAUCUAAAGGUCGGCUGGGACAAUGUGUGGACAUUCUGCUCGAGAUAGCGCGGGAGAAUGGCAAAGAGGGAGUGUCACGAAGAAACCUGGAGGAAGAAUUGAAGCACCUCACUUUGACACAGCAAGAAGAGAUGCCCUUUACACAAGCCUUAGCCUACCCCAAGCUUAGACUCAGGGCCAUCUUGGUCUUCCUCAUGAUGUACAGCGUGUUCGUGGUAUAUGGUAUCUUGCUGCUGGGAAUCAACGUCAUGCCCAGUAACUACUUCCUCAGCCACUUUAUAUUGUCGAUCUCGGAGCUGCCCAGCAACUUCCUGGGGUGGAUCAUCACACACUACCUGGGUCGCCGCUUCAUGUGCUGGUUCACUUAUAUCCUCCUCGCUGUCUUCUCCGUCGCCGCCACUUUCUGUACUCAAGACGAAUGGCUGCUGCUCAUUGUUUUGGCGAUGGCGAAGCUGCUGGCCACUCAGGGGCUGUACGUGAUCUUCGUGUUGGCCUCGGAGAUCUUCCCCACCCCCGUCAGGACCUCCGGCAUCGGUUUAACCAUCGUCUUCGGGAUGUUGGGCAUGGUCGUGUGUCCCUAUGUCCUGAAUUCCGGGCUGGGUGCGACCUUCCAGUACUGGGUAAUGGCGGGUCUGUCGCUGAUGUCGCUGCUGCUCUCCCUGCCAGUACCGGAGACCAUAGGGCUGCCCCUCCCCCAGACCUUUCAGGAGGCUGAGAACCUGGGUGCUGGCCGGCCCCUCUCGGCCUGGAUCCACCACUGGAACAAGAACGAGUACCCGACCCCAUCACCACUGCACCUACUCCCGGAUCACCAACAGGAACUAAAAGAGUUAAACCCCAAAAAGCCUUUCGUUCAGUAAGGUGAGAAAAGAGUGUGUCACCAAUACACCGAUGCCAGUAGAGCGAACAUAGAGAGAAAAAGAAAAGAAAACAGAAAACUUUAUUUUUGUUGGGCGAACACGACCCUACAAGAGGCACUGCUCGCUUUGUUCCCCUACCACUAUGUUAUCUUUUAUUUUGAAAAUAUAUUGAACUUUCGACUAAAGGAAAUACUUUAAAAGUAGCAUGAAGCUUUCAGUGUAAAGAUGAGACAUUCUUCCUAUGUGAGCCAUAGUCUUAUUUCUACUUAAAAUAUUUGUUCUUGUUUCUCUGAAGUUUGUGGAAAAUCUAGAGAUGAUUUUUUUUUAAUUCACGGGUUUCUAAUAAUAAGUUCUAAUGCAAAUUGUGCAAAACGUAUCUUAUAUUAAAAAAAUCUUUUUCCUUGACUUUUUAUAUUAAUUUAUUUUCCGAUUUUAAAUUUAAUUAAAUUUCUCAGUAAAGUCCUUUA